ACCGACAACUUUAACCAUUAUAGGAAGAUCUUCUCCAUGCCAGGCGUGGUUUGGCCUCAACAAGAUCUCUGGUAUAGUUUUGACAUAGGCAGGGCGCACAUAAUAAGUAUCUCAUCGGAAGUUUACUUUCUAUCCAACCAAUACUUGGCACAACAACAAUAUAGCUGGCUUAUCCAAGACCUACAGACGGCUAACAACCAGAAGCAGCGAAGUGACCGUCCGUGGAUUAUCGUGAUGCUAAACCAACCGCUUUAUUGUUCAGGGACCCCCUCCUGUUACGCCAACUCCGCUGUUCUUAGGGACGAACUUGAAGAGUUGAUGCAUACACAGGGUGUGGAUCUCGUUCUCACGGCUCAAGAUAACCUCUUCCAGCGAACCUGGCCCGUUUAUAAAGGGAAAGUGAAGACAGAAAGUUACUUGGAUCCCGCGGGAACUGUGUAUAUCAAUACUGGGGCGCUGACUUGUGAUAAUGUAUCGACGUCAACAGAACUUUGUCAAGAAACAUGGUGUGCCAAGAAAAUUCCACUUAACGGCGCUCCCAGCUUCGGCAUUUUAUCCAUCCACAACAAGACGCAUCUGUUGUACGAGGAAAGAGAUGCCGCGUCACGUGAUCUUCUUGACAGCACAUGGUUGAUCCAGCAUCACCACGGUCCUUACGGUGCUCUCACGGGUCAUCAUCCGCUUGUGAUAUCAGUGGUAGUGGUGCUCACUCUGACGAUAGCUUUUAUCGCCUUCCUCUGUGUGUGGGGUAGGAAAGUGAAAAGGUAUAUGAAAUAUCAAAGAGACAUGGCUGCUAAUAAACGAAAUGGAAACGCUUUCAAUUUUACGUCUUUGGACGAGACGGAACUCGGCCCAGCAGAGGGCGUUGAAAACGAUGGUCAAGACAGACCAAAUUCACAGCUGCAACCGAUUCCAGCUAUAUCUGAGGGCGUGGCGAAUGGAGUAGUCCACAGCCAAAAUAAGCACAAAACAAGGACGAAAACGAAAAAUACAUAUAUCGCAUUAAGUGAACAACCGUGCGAGGAAUGUUAAUAGCAUGAAAGUAUGAGGUGCUCCGCCAAAUGUACAUAUACUUGCAGAAUUUGUUUUUUAUAUUUUUGUCUGUUUAUUUGUUUGUUUGUUUGUUUGUUUGUUUGUUUUGCCUGCAGUCCAUCUGCUGGGGUGAAAAAAACUACGGUAGUGAUGCAGUGUUAAAACUGUGCUAUAUUUAACCAUAUCCAGGGAAUUCACAAAAUACUGUCAGACUUCGGUCGAACUGCAGACUUAAUGUCCCUGCAAUGCAGCAUGCACGCUUAACUAGACGCCAGAAUGGAGGGAAUAAUUUUUUUCAUUGAGAAUGCCUCUACUUAAAGGCCGCGCAAAGUCCAAAAGUUGUGGACAAUUGAACAACGGGUGUAAAACUUUAAAUUUGGUCAUUUUGCUCAAGUGCUGCAGUUAGAGUUGGCGACUGUACUAACUAGAAGGGUCGUCGAAAAACUUUCACUGUUAAAUUAAGAGAAUAAGAGAGAUUCUGUUCCCUGUGUUUCAUCGUGAUCUCAUAAGAAAGACCUUGCGUGUCUGGUGGGUUGGUCCUAGUCCUCUCUCAAUGCUUAUUACUGAGAUUAAGUAAUUACCAUUUUAAAUCAAACAUUUUUUAAAUUUUUAUAACAUAUAAAAAAUUGAUGUGAUCUCGUUGUUGACUUUAAUUUUUUUUCAUAUAAUCUCAUAUGUAAC